CUUUACUAAUACGUGUUUCAUUUGUUCCGGUGAAAAUGUCCUUUUAAAUAUUUGUACAUAGAUUAUUGUCAUACACUGGUUGAUGUAAUGUGUUUAUAGAUUUAUACACCAUGUUUCAAGCUGCGACGUAAUCAGUCAUCUGUCACCAGACACUCGUGUAAAAUACAAGUAAAUACAACCCGUUUAUGUUCACUGGAUUUGAAAUGGACUUAAAGCUUUCUUUCAAAUAUUUUGAGAACUGGAAUAUAUAUGGCUAACGUUUUGUGUCCUGAACUGGCAGAACCCCAGCCAGAUAUCAUCACUGUGGACAACAUGAACGCUAUUUCUCUCAGCACCUAUGCGCGUACGCCGGGGACACAUGUCAUUGUAACAUGCCUGUCAAAGACAACUCACAAACUUAUUGGUCAAAAUCAAAUCACGUGCCUAAAAAAUGGCACAUGGGAUGCCAGUACUCCAAAAUGUGAAUUCAUGAAACGCACGACUGUUGCUCCAACAACAACACCAUCUGGUGCCAACACAACUCCAAGUGUUAUUCAUACAACGUCUACAUAUUCCACCAUACUGCCGUAUCUGGUCGGCCUCAUCAUUCUUGCUGUCGUCUGCUUGAUGCUCAUCGCACUCCUGUGUUACUCAUUUCAUUUGUUUAAUAAACAAAGACGAAAAUCGCCUUUCAAUGUCUUUGAAAGUACUAGAUCGUCAACGCCUUCUUCAAGUUUGCAGACAGACUUAUGGGUAGAAAUGGCGAGUCCACGUCACUUCCGAUGUCACGAACUCGCCCAAUCACGUGACAGUAUGGUGCAAGAUUUACGAUAUACUCCGGUUGACACCGGAUGGUCAGGUUAUUGAUGCACACAGUAAUUUUAGAGACGCAGAUUUCUGUGAAACACUUAGUGUUAAACAGUUUAGUGUUAAAACUUUAAAGAUAUAAAAAAGUUUUUUUGGUUCUGUUGCAGUAACAGGAACGAAUCUAUGGCAGUUGAUGAUAAAUGGCGUUUGUACAUGUGUAUGAAAGUAUUUGUGACACAGCAGUGAAUUUGCAUAAUACUUCAACCUUGUCGGGUAAUGCAGUGGUUUGUUGCUCACUAAACUGCACCUCAUGACCUACGUCACACAAAGGCAGUUAAAAUGUUUCUGGAUGAAGUUUCUAUUUACUUAUUUCAACAGAACGUAAGAAUGUGUGUGGAUAAAAUAAUGUGGAAUGUGUGUGGACAUGAUGCAAAAUGUCCAUUUUAAUUAAAUUAAAGCACUUUUAGUAUAAGUAGAUGGUAUGUCGUCCGUCUAGUUUCUUUCGUUGUCAACAUUUGACUUUAAACGACUUCGACUUUUCGUGAACCAUUGAGUUGAUCUUUACCUUUCAUUACACGGAUUCUCUGAAAAUGUUUUUUCUUGCAUCGAGCUUAGGCCGUCACAGGGUUGUCCAGUAUUGUACUCUAAAAGUAUCAGGUUUAGAGGCGAGAUGUUUUACAUAAAGCAUUGGCAAGUGGUGGCCUUUACAGAUUUCUUUUUACUUGAAGCGCACACCUUGGAUCAAUUUGGGCUUUUUCUAAACUUACAUAACUUUCUAGAAUAACAUGCUUAGUGUCCCCUCGCUAAGUUUGUUUAAGCCAGUUUCUGGGACUGCCUUGUUUGUCGUCACCUGAGUAGAGUGGAUAAUACAUUCAACAUUCCACCCCACCUCCACCAUCUUCCCCAAUAUGGAGAACUCGGACAAAAUUUGGACAGGGUCAGUGUACGUAAAAUUUACAAAUCUUCUCCCCGAGUUCAAGGCCUAGACGUUUUACAAUAACUAGCAGGCCUUGGUCACUUUCAUAUUUAUUUAUGUCUUGACAAAUAAUGGGGCCACCAUGUUUUUACAAAUUUUUACAAGAAUUCAUUCUCCAGAAAUUUGAAGGAAAUAUAAUUCUCUACAUGUAACCGACAUCCUUCAUCAUUUUCAUGAGACUAUUUACUUUGACUCUUCAUAAGGGCAUAGGUCAAGGUGUUCGGUUGUUUUGUCUGGAUCAUAUCUAUCGCACUACGGAAAUGAAGCUUUUCUUAUUUCAUUUGUUAUCUUUUGUUCAAUGUGUCAUGUCAUGAUUAGGUGAGCGCCACAGGGUCAACAUGACCCUAUUUUUGUUUAAAUGCUAAACAUAAAAAGGGUCUCUUCAACGCGAAACCAUAGCAACUACAUACAUGUAUAAAUAAAUCCAUAUACUAUAUCGCACUGGGCAGCUUGCUGUAUAUUAGCAAGUGAAAUCACUGUUUAUUUACAUUACUGUAACUGACUUACUCUAUUGUAUCGACCAGGAAACAGUGAAAUUGUUCACACUAUUCAUCACUAUUUCAUUGUCACUUGUAAACGCGUACACGUGCUUUGUGAGCCUAACUGUGAUAACCCCAGGUGUUACAACCCCGCCAUCUGGAUCAUCAGACGGUAAUCAUAAUGGUUACAUAUUUUGUCGUUAUAUUAUAUGUCUUUUAGUGAACGUAAACUGUUACACUUUUUUAUCAUAACUAUAUAAGCGGACGGAAAACUGUAGAUGUUACAGUAACACUCUAGCUUUAUCCUGUCUGAAUCACGUGUUUUCAGUACACUUUAAAGUGUAACAUUUGCGGAAAGAUUUGAAACAAACUGCCGAUACGCUGAACAUUACAAUAACGACAAAAGUAGUACCUUACCGUCUGCUGAUACAGAUAGUAGUCUGUGUAACUGAUGAUGUUUUCAAAUAUACCACAAUAGCAGAACAAAAGCAAAUCCCCAAUAUCUAAUAUAUCUGUAGUUAUCUAUGUAACCCUAUGGCAAAUUUUGUAAUAAAUUAUUGUUUAAUAAAAUUAUGAAAUGUCAAUGGUACAAAUAAACUUUCUAUAUGCGAGACAGUC